CAGCUAAAUAGCAUUUUGGAUACUUCAGCGUGAUUAGCAGUAUCGUCCGACUGAACAUCGGUUCCCCCUUUUCUGGCAAAAGGACAGUGCAAAAUGCGGUACAUCACCCUUAUUUUAAUAUUGGUUGCAUCCACGGAAGUCUUCACAAGGCCAGCAAUCAAUGGGGACCAGGACAGCGGCACAAGCAAUGGAAAUGCUGGAGAUGCCGAAAAAGCAUCAGUCGAGGACAACGUCGACUCACCGACUCCCAAUGAUGAGACGUCAAAUGAGCCAAAUGCUGCGGUGGGAAGUGUCCAAGGUGAAGAUGAUUCCGUCGAAAAUAGAGCGGAGGGAUCGAAUGAGGGCAAUCAGGAUUCACCAACUGAGGCACAGGAUCGGGAGGAUGAACCAGGAGACAGCAACGAGGACGAUGAGCAAGAAAAGAGGCAACUGGAAGGGCCUGAACAACAGGAUACUGAUGACAGCUUGGCUACAGACGACGCUCAGCUGAAGACUGCAAAUGCGAUGGAGAUGAUAACAACUGAGCCGUCACUCGAGGAUAGCCAAUCAAUAACUGAGACCAUGUCGGACCAUACGAAUAGUUCUGAGAGUACAAGCAGCUCGAGCUCUACAGAAGAACGUGAGAAGCAGACAGGCGAGGCCAAGGAGGACGAUGAUCAAGAAAAGCGGCAAUUGGAAGAUGCUGAGCAACAGGAUACCGAUGACGGCUUGGCUACAGACGACGCUCAGUUGAAGACUGCAAAUGCGAUGGAGACGACAGAAACUGGGCCUUCGCUCGAGGAUAGGCAAUCAACGACUGGGACCAUUUCAGACCAGUUAAAUAGCACCGAGAGUACAAGCAACUCGAGCUCUACAGAGGAAAGUGGGCAGCAGACAAGCGCAACGAACGCAUUAGGAGAUGAGGUGACUGUCAGUAAAACUUAUGACAAAGAACAGAAUAAAACCAAGGAUGAAAAUGCGACGCUGUUGGAGGGUGUAAUCGGGUCCAAUCAUACACAGAAGGUAAAGGAGGCGUUGCUGGUACUCAAACCCACGGAUUCCACAUCAACAAACCUGUCUGAGGAAACAACAACCUUUAACCCAGUUGAAAAGGUAAAUGCUCAGGAAGAGGAAAGUAACGUGACCACUGUGGAAUCUGGAGAUGAUGAAUACACCAAUGCGCCAAAUACAACCACAACUUCAGCAAAGCUUCUCUUAAGAGACUCCGGUGAACAAACGGCGACACAUGCAGUUGGAAUUGAAUCAGAUCAAGCAGAAGUAAACGGAUCGUCAACUAAUACGAUGCGAGUUACGUCGACUAUUCAACAUGAAAUCUUGAACGGUAGCUCAGUUGGACAAACGGCUUCACCCAGUUCCUCGAAAGUAUCGCAUACCUCCGAGCCCCCGAGAAGGGGAACCAGUACAUCCUCCCCAGUCACUGUAUCGAAAGACCGAGAAGUAGACGCAGUUCACGCUAGUUUGCCGAUGACCGAAGUAGACGAACAAACCAUAGACUCAAGUUUAGCGAAUAACAUCGAAACAACCGAUGCGGAAAUACCAGUAAUGAACGCCUUCUCAUUCGAUCUGCCUAUGUUCAAUGAAAGUUUACAUGGAGAUCUUUUGCUGAAUGACACAGAAUGGGCAAAGGACCUGGCAGCAGCGGCGCAUCCAGAUGAUGAGAAUUUGAUCCACGAUCCUUGUACAUUUAUCAGCGAGAACAUUCACAGCUUUGUGGGGUUGAAUGUGUCUAAGGAACAGGUGCAAAACACCCUGCCAACGUUUCGGUUCCUUUUGGAAUCGAGUACUGAGGAUUUAGCAACUAUUAAAGAUAUGCUAAUGGCGUGUGUCCAAGCGACCACGAACAACCAGGACAGCGUGGAUCCCGGAUGCCUCCAGAUACGCUCGCUGAUUGGAAAGACUUGUCAACAGUUUGACCAAUGCAGAGGGAAGGAGGAAUCGGUUAUGCAUCGCGUGAUGAAGCGCAUUCGAGAGGUCAUCGACACGGAUCAGCUUGCGGACGCGCUACUCAUGAUCCGAGCAUGUGCUGGGCAGUCGUACGACUGAAUCAUGAAGAGGAUUCGAUUCCAUCAGAUCUUUGUACUGUCAUUUUCAUAAAAUAUUGAACUGACAUACAUAGCUUGUUCUUUUCCUUAUCUGUGGCCCAAAUAAAAUGAGAGGUAUUAAGAACCUUACAAUA